UGUGUCUCUGGCCCCGACGCCCGCGGCGCAUUUCUCCGGCUGCUGCAGGUCCCCGCGGUCCCCACGCGAGCGGCCCCUUGGACGCGCACAGCAUGUCAGAGAAGCGGCACAACACGGACGCCCAGGGCCGGCGGCUGCCCGACUCCUUCAAAGACAGCCCUUCCACGGGCCUUGGGCCUUGUGGGUGGAUCUUGGUGGCUGCCUCGUUCCUGUUGACCCUGAUUACGUUCCCGAUCUCAGUAUGGAUGUGCAUCAAGAUCAUCAAAGAGUACGAACGAGCCAUCAUCUUCAGACUGGGACGCAUUCUUCAAGGAGGCGCCAAAGGGCCCGGCAUGUUUUUCAUCCUGCCGUGCACCGACAGCUUCAUCAAAGUGGACAUGAGGACCAUUUCAUUUGAUAUUCCUCCGCAGGAGAUCCUCACCAAGGAUUCCGUGACCAUCAGCGUGGAUGGCGUGGUCUACUACCGCGUGCAGAAUGCCACCCUGGCCGUGGCCAAUAUCACCAACGCCGACUCUGCGACCCGACUCCUGGCACAAACCACCCUGAGAAAUGUCCUGGGCACCAAGAAUCUUUCUCAGAUCCUCUCGGACAGGGAGGAGAUUGCGCAUAACAUGCAGAGCACCCUGGAUGACGCCACUGACGACUGGGGCAUCAAGGUGGAGCGCGUGGAGAUCAAGGACGUGAAGCUCCCGGUGCAGCUGCAGAGAGCCAUGGCUGCCGAGGCCGAGGCAUCCCGCGAGGCCCGUGCCAAGGUCAUUGCUGCCGAGGGAGAAAUGAACGCGUCCAGGGCUCUGAAGGAAGCGUCCAUGGUCAUCACCGAGUCUCCGGCCGCCCUGCAGCUGCGGUACCUGCAGACGCUCACCACCAUCGCUGCCGAGAAGAACUCCACCAUCGUCUUCCCUCUGCCCAUCGACAUGCUGCAGGGCAUCAUGGGACCGAAAAAAUGAGCCCCGGGGGGCCGCAGCCGCCACGAGCUCUUCUCUCCCGGGGAUGAGAUGGGGGGGGGACGAGAGUCAGCCUCCCACCUAGGGGGAGCGUAGAGCGGGAACCUCGACUCUUCUCCCCACCCCCCCCUUCCUGCUUUCGGAUGUCAAGCGUGAUUUCUUAGGCUGGAUAGUGGUCCUAACGACAGGGCAAAGAUACUUAGCAGUUUUUUGAGCACCGAGAGAGGAAUCGGUGAUCGAUAUAAGAUAAUCGCUUACUCUUGAAAAUAUUUUAACCUGUUCCUAGAUAAUUUCUCAGUAAGUGACAUUCCCUCUUCCUCUGGCUUCCGUGCAGUCUGUGCCCUCUGUCAGCAAAAGUCAAGAGGCAAAGCGAGAGGCUUCCUCUCCGCCUGGCCUGUCCCUCCCGCUGGUUAGGAAAGGCCGUUCCAGGCUGCAGUGGCCGUAGGCUCCCACCAGCCUUUCUGACACACAGGUGCCUUACUUCCAGGAACUCUUAAUUAAGGAUAAUUUUCUAAUCCAGCCGCUUACUUUCAAACUCCAAAUUGUGUUUUUUUUUUUUUUCUGAAUAAUCUUCCUUUGAGAAGGAGGCAUUUUCUAACCCGAUCUCAGCUCCUGAGGAGAUAGAUGGCCCAGAUCCAUGAAAAAACGUCCCCUCCCAAGGGGAAGGCUUUUAAACCCACCAUUAUAAAGUCUUUCAUACUUCAUCAAGUCUUUUCAUAGCGCGGGGCUUUGAAAAACUUCUUCCAACCUCUUUGUAAGUUAAUGAUUUCCCUGUGGCCCUUUCAAACCAACUGAAUGCUCAUCACGGAAGCGCCUUUUUCAGAGUUUCCCUUCUGCCUGGUUUCAUCGAUCCAAGUAGUCUUUUAUUGUUGAAAUAAAGUUUUCUCUCGGUUCCGUUAACAAUGGCAUCUGGA